AUGCUGUCCAACGUGUCGAUUGAUGGGCUACCACGAGUCCCAUAUGCUCCUUCAAACUUGUCCCUUGUAUCACUGGCGCAGUCUUCCCCAGCGAUAACUGCCAUCUUGCUAGGGCUUGUGGCCGUCCUCUCGAUCGUCGUUAGUAACAGCGAAAAGCCGAAACCACCGCUAGCAAAUCCUCCACGCUGGAACCAGACCACCCUAUCAAAACGAAUUGAGUUCCUCAAGAACGGAAGGGCCAUACUUAGCGAUGCAAGGAAACGCUACGGCAAGCAGCCCUAUAGGCUGAUUGUCGACACGGGCGAAUGUCUUAUCCUACCUCCUGAGUAUGCAGCAGAGAUCCGUAACAGCAUGGAUCUUAGCUUCGCACAGGCAAUAGAGAAGAAUUUCUCGGGACAUGUUUCCGGCUUCGAAAUGUAUGCCGUCUUGCUCCACGAACAAAGACUUGUCCAAAACGUCGUGAAGGACCAACUUACCAAAUACCUGAAAUGGAGAGAAACCAUUAUAGCAGACAGCAUUCUCCAAUUGAUCGCCCGUCUCUCCACCAGGGUCUUUCUCGGCGACACCAUGUGCCGCAACACGGUGUGGCUCGAAGCUUCCAAGGCCUACACGGUGGCAAGCUUCACCAUGAUUCUCAAAAUGACAGCCCUCCCAUCCUCCUUGAAGUUUCUCGUUCCCUGGUUCUCCUCCGAGGCGAAGAACGUCACUAAACUCGGGGCUACAUGCCGCGCAAUCCUGACCCCCCUUCUGGCCGAGCGUCGAGCUCUAAGAGCCGAAGCUAGGAGAAACGGCAAACCGGAACCUGUCUUCAACGACAUGAUCGAUUGGUUCGAGCAGAAGAGCGGCGGGACAGGAUACGACCCAGCUCUUUAUCAACUUGCGCUAUCUUUCGUAGCGAUACACACGACCAUAACAAUGCGCCGUCAAGCCCAACGCACCGUCGUCCUCCCCAACGGCCUCGUCAUAAAAAAAGGCGAGCAAAUCGCCGUCGACGGCUUCAACAUGUCAGACCCCACCGUCUACCCCGAUCCACACAAAUACGACAUAUACCGCUACCAGCGCAUGCGCACCAGCACCGACCGCGCCACAGUCAGCCAGUCGCAUCUCGUUUCCACCGGUCCCAAUAACCUGUCAUUUGGACACGGCGUACAAGGCUGCCCCGGCAGGUUCUUCGCUGCGAAUGAGAUGAAAAUCGCCCUGUGCCAUUUGCUGCUCAAGUACGAUUGGCAGUUGGCUGAGGAGACGGAUCUGGAAUCGAGGUUCUUGUUUGGCGAGACGGAGGCGCUGAGUAAGGGGAAUAGGCUGAGGUUUAGGCGGAGGAGGGAGGAGAUUGAUUUGGAGGGGUUGGCUUAUGUGUGA